UAAUUUUCCAUUGGAAAUGUGUGAAGAGAGACAACAUCAUUGCUGAUAAAUAAUUUUAAUGACGCUCAGUCACUGAUCAAAUCCAGCACAGACACGGAACGCGACGGUGGCCCAAGCCACAGCCUCCCCGAUUUUACAUUUACACCUAUAUUCAAUUUCGAUGCAGUGAUUUGCAUUUACAUGGUGUACAGGCAAAAACACGGACUAUAUACGGUUCCCGUCAGAGACCCCAACUACUACAGGGUGGACCAGAAAACUUUUCACUCGCACAAUGGAUCCGGUGUGUUCAUUAUGACAAACUCAUUCCGUGACUGACCUGGAUAAUUCUCACCAUGGAUUGCAUCUACUGCGGCACGCGAAAGGUCACGUGAGGAGGAUUAACCAAUCACUGUUAUUCUUCAUGUCAUGUGACUGUACGGAAAACAGCCUUUUCUGAUUCGCAAGUUGGAAAGUGCCGUAUUUUGGUCGUUGUCAGUGGUGGAUUUCCUAUCCAUAUUAUACCGGUGAAUGGUAUCAUGUCAAUAGAUAUCAUGUCAACAUCCAAAUUAAGGUUAACCCUUUUCGAUGGUGGGUCAACUCUCAGCAUGAAUGAGAAGAAAAUUGCCGAACCAGUCAAAACAACGCGGAUUCAAGCGUUCAAUGGGCCAGUCGUGAAAACAGAUAGAUGGUGCAAGUUUUAUACCUCCUUCUGCACAAGAGUCAACCUCGGCGGACUUAAUAAACUUAUCGAUGGGGAGUACGGCCUGUUUAGACGGAUGAUUUGGCUUGUAUUCAUUUUAGGCAUGACAGCAUUUGGACUUUAUCAGAUGUGUUCCCAGAUUGCAAAAUACAACCAGCGGCCAAUUACAGUUUUGGUUAAUAUUUCAAGAUAUGACCACGUGAAAUUUCCCGCCAUUACAGUGUGCAACUUCAAUAUAUUCGCAAAGAGAAAGACGGACAAAGUAUACAUGACUGAUUACGUGAAAGCGAUUUUGCUGGAGAAGAAAAGCCUCUUGGCUUUACCCGCACUUAAUAAGCAGAUCAUCGCUAACGGCUGGAGUUGGUGGGAGAAUUACAAGCUGUUAGGGCAUAGACUCCAUGAUUCUCUGCUAGCUUGCGACUGGAAACAAAAGCCGUGUGAUUAUGACGACUUCGAGGAAACCAUAACAGAUAUGGGAUGGUGCUUCCAGUUCAAUAGCAACACGACGACGCCAUCUCUGUCUGUGAACAACGCGGGGACUGAUUACGGACUUCUUCUCCACCUGGAUACAGAACUCGAUCAGUAUAUUGGCAGUCGGCAUGGCUUUGGCGAAGGGUUCAAGAUUCUUGCACAUGAUCGCAAUGACAUUCCUUUGAUGAAAUCGGCAGGUAUAGCUGUGGGGCCAGGGAUGCAGACCUUUAUUGGAAUCAAACAAAAAAGGAUUAAAAAGAUCGGCCCACCCCACGGCACGUGCGGAAGCAGAAAACUCAAGGAAUUUACCCAUUAUUCGACCUCAGCGUGUCAACUAGAGUGCCUGACGGAGUACAUGGGUCAGAAAUGCGGCUGCAAAGAUGCUUACCAAUUGGGGUCUUAUCCUGACUGCACCCCUGAAGAAAUGUAUAAGUGUGGCCUGAAAGCGCAAGUCGACUUCGUGACGGAUACAAACGAAACGUGCAUUCGGGAGAGGUGCCCGGACCAAUGCGAGACCACCACCUUCGAGAUGGAAGUCUCAACCGUGCCAAUAGCAGAUUGGUUCUUUGAAGAAAAGAGCGCAGACUUCUACAUAGAUAAAAAUAUAACUUAUUUAAGAAAAAAUCUAGCUCUGGUUUUCAUAUACUAUACAAGUAUGAAUGUAGAGGAAACCGUUCAGAAUGUUGCUUAUACCGAGAUUGAUAUGAUAUGUGACAUUGGGGGGUCGUUCGGUCUGGCACUAGGGGCGAGCAUUAUCACUGGGUUGGAAAUAUGCGAUUUUUUCGUCUAUUACUUUUUUACGCGCCACCUAUCGGGAGGGGUGAAACCUGCAUGAUUGGAUCCCCUCAUAACUUAUUUUCUGUUUUUUGAUCAACGAAUGGAAUUCCAUCGGAUCCGGUGAAGUAUAGUCUUAACAGUUUGCCUGGAGGACGUAUCUACCAUUGUACGAUGACGGAUUAAGACAUGGUUUUUUCAAGACUGGUGACCUUCAAUACCUCGGAUAUCGGAUGAUUAAUUUGAUCAACGGGUGGACUUUCAUUGGCUCCGUCGUAGUAUAGUCUUAAAUGUUCCCCUGGGAAACGUAUCUGUCUCUUUUGUAUGAUGAGAAAUAUCAUUAUAAGUAUACUUUUGAUUUCAUCAAUUAAAUUUUGUGUCGAGGAUCAUUUUGCAAUCGAGAAGUUUCAAAUAAACAUGAGACGUUUCAGUAAAGUCAACGCGUGUUUUCACGAGAACUAUGAGCAGUCAGACGUCCCGGUUGAAAUAAGGCAGGCCAAUAUUAAUUGCAGAUGGUGCAGACAUUUUUCCAGGAUAGAGAACUUAGAAUCUGUUCUGUUCUGUUACACAAAAUGUGCGGUACACUCUUCAAAAUAAGGGGGUUUGAGCUCUUCAAUAACCAGCCAGUACAAACAUGGACCGCGUUGAGGUAUUUCAGGGAAAUGAGGAAACCUUCGAGGUUUUUUUACAGGCUCAGAAUCAUUCAUCGGUUUUUAAUUUGCUUGAAAAACCUCUACGAGGAGCAUAUUUGCGGUGGCUGAAGAUUUUUCAAAAGCUCAAAUCAUUGUUUUUUUAAGAGUGUAGGAUAUGAUCAUGGUCUCGGUCAUGUCGUCUGCUCUAAAACAUCAUGGUUAUAAUUGUUUUCUAUAUAGGCCAUAUACACGCACCUCUUUUUGACCACAGCGGUUUUGGUGACGUCACCAUAACCGCUUGGAUUCAUGGAAGACCUUAGAAGCGGAGCAGUUAAAUCACACGUUUAGGUGUAGUUCGUGUACAUGUACAUAAAUAAAAAUACGACCAAUUU